GGACGUAAUGACCUGGUGCUGCGUACUGUGACAGAUGUCUCCAAUAAAGGACUUCACUAUGAGAUAUGAAGCUCUCAACCCAGAGAUCUUCUUCUCCGAGGGCGACACCAUCACAGGCACAGUGACUGUGACUUUGACUAAAGACACCAAGGUCAAGAGCCUCUUCCUCAAAGCCAAAGGGGACGCGCGCGUCCGCUGGACAGAUGUAGACGGAGAGGAUGUGGUAAUGCACCGCGCGACCAAGAGAUAUUUCAAAGUGAAAGAAUACCUGGUCUCAGAAGCUUUCAAAGACACUGUACUUCCCCGAGGAGUCAAUCACUUCAAGUUCAACCUUACAAUCCCCCUGGUGGACAUGCCAUCAUCGUUCAAGGGGCGUCAUGGAAAGAUCGUGUACACGCUCGAGGCUAAGCUGUCCAGGUCCUGGCAGUGGCCUUUAAGACGACAAUGCGAGAUCAUGUUUUUUUCAAAGUCGCUCCAACACCUUGACCAAGUAGUAAUGUACGGUUCAGUGAACAAAGACAUGGGGAUUUUUCAGAGAGAGGUCAAAAUGUUUGCGACUGUCGACAGACGGAUUUACUCUCCAGCGUUCUACUUCAAAGUUUAA